AAACUAUAUUUCCUCAUGGCAUCAUUUAAUUUAGAAUUGGUUGUUGUAUUUCAGGGAGACCAGGAGAAUGACGCCUGGAUCUUCGCUCUCGCCAUUCUUUUGAGCAGCACUCUGGUCUACAACAGUAAAGGUACUAUAGACAACCAAGCAGUGGAAAACUUACAAUAUGUCACAGAGUUGACAGAUCGGAUCAAGGUGAAAUCACCAGCCAAUGCUUCAUCUGCUGAGGAUGAUGAUGAUGAUGGGGCAGAUGUACAGUUUGUGCAGUUCUUUCCCAGUUUUGUGUGGGCUGUUCGUGAUUUCACUUUGUUGCUGGAAAUUAAUGGAACGGAAGUAACUGCAGACAAGUAUCUGGAACAUGCUCUCAGCCUUAAAAGAGGAAACGACAAGAAGACUGUAGCCUAUAACCUCCCCCGAGAGUGCAUUCGGAAUUACUUUCCAGAAAGGAGAUGUUUUGUGUUUGAAACGCCUGCAGCUCCAGAGAAAAUGGCCCACCUCGAGUCCAUGGAUGAAAAUCAGCUCAGUUCAUCAUUUAAGGCUGUUACUUUGAAAUUCUGUGACUAUAUCUACAAUGAAAGUUCAGUAAAAAAAGUGAAAGGUGGACUCCCGGUCACAGGAAGGAUGCUUGGCCACUUGGCAAAGACCUACGUGGAGACCAUUGCUAGUGGAGGUGUUCCCUGUCUGGAGAAUGCUGUGCUGGCCAUGGCCCAGAUUGAAAACCAGGCAGCUGUGCAGGAAGGAUUGCAGGUCUACAAGAAGGGCAUGCAGGAGAUUACCUUCCCAGUAGACAUGGAGGAGAUGUCCAGGAAGCAUGGACAAUGGGAUUCCCAGGCCAUCGAAGCAUUCAGAAACCGAUCCUUUAAGGAUGAGAAUGGUGAAUACAUGAAAACACUAAUGGAAGCCAUCAAAGAAGCUUAUGCUGCUUUUCUUGCUGAAAAUGAUAAAUCCUCAGAAGGUCUUUGCAGACAGUUGCUUUCACAGCUUUCUGAGUCAAUAGGCAAGAAACUGGAGAAUGGGUUCUAUGCUAAACCGGGUGGGUAUGACCUUUAUUGUGUGGACCGCCAAGACUUACUGGAUGAAUACAACAGAGCACCCAACAAAGGAGUCAAGGCGGAAGAAGUCCUAGAGAACUUUCUAAAGGAAAAGAGUGCAGAAUCUACUGCAGUCAGGCAGGCUGAUAAGCAACUGACUGAGAAAGAGAAGAAAAUCCACGAGGAAAGAGAGAAGGCUGCAUUGCUGGCUCAGCAGAACAAAGCUGAAGAGGAGAAACGUUUACAGAUGGAGAAGACCCUCAAAGAUGAACGUGAAAGCCAUGAGAAGGCAGUUGAGGUGAUUAGACAGAAAAUGGAGGAUGAAGUGGCCCUUCAAAAGAAGGAGUUAGAAAUGGCCUUAGAGUGCAAACUCAGAGAGCAGAGGGAUCUGAUGCAGCAAGGUUUUAAGGCGAAGUCUGAUGAAAUGGCACAAGCAAUCAACAGCCUCAGAGCAGAGGUGGCUUGUGCGAGAUCAAACAAAUCUUGUAAUAUCAUUUAGUAACUGUGGUCCCUCCUAAUUUACUUACUGGAUUACACAGGUUUCAAAUUAGUUUUAUGCUUUUGCAGACAAAAUGCAGCAAGGUAUUACUUGAUUUCAUCAUUAAAUAAUGGUUUGAUCAAUAAAACAACUAUAUUGAAA